AUGAGCGCAAGCAGCCUCUCUUGGGACCAGGCUGUUCUCCAGCCUCCGGUGUGUGAUGCUUGGAAGGAGAUUAUGGAGGGAGCAGCCUACCAGCUGGCCAGCUGCAUCGUCCUCCUGGGUUACAUGGGGGGUAGUGGCAUCUUUGGGUCCCUCUACAUCUUUGGCCUCCUGGCCCCAGGCUACUUCUGCUAUGCUCUGUGGGGCUGGCUGAGCGCCUGCGGGCUGGAUAUCUUCGUCUGGAACAUGCUACUUGUCCUCAUCUGCUUGCUUCAGCUGGCUCACCUGGCUUACCGGCUCCGUAGAGACACCAUCCCGGAAGAGUUUGACCUCCUCUACAAGACCAUGUACCUGCCCUUGCAGGUGCCCCUGGAAGUCUACAAAGAAAUCAUUAAGUGCUGUGAAGAGCAAGUCCAGUCAUUAGUCAGAGACCAGAAUUACGCGGUGGAGGGCAAGACGCCCAUUGACCGCCUCUCGUUGCUGCUAUCUGGCAGGGUCCGAGUGAGCCAGGAUGGUCAAUUCCUUCACUACGUCUUUCCAUACCAGUUCCUGGACUCUCCAGAAUGGGAGUCGCUGCGACCCUCUGAGGAAGGAACUUUCCAGGUCACGCUGACAGCUGAGACCGACUGCAGCUUCAUCACCUGGCCCAGGAAGAAGCUGUAUCUCCUCCUGAGGAAGGACCGCUACGUUGCCCGGCUCUUCUCCUGCCACCUGGGCUACGACAUCUCGGAGAAACUCUACUCUCUCAAUGAGAAGCUCUUUGCCAAGUUCGGCCUUCGCUUCGACAUCCGUUUGCCCAGCCUCUACCAUGUGCUUGGGCCAGCCUCCUCCUCUGAGGGGGAGCCAGAGGACUGCGAGGAGCCCCCUCCUGCCUCCGGCCAGGCUGGUGCCUCUGAGCCUCCUCCGCAGCCACCACCACCACCUCCACCAGCAUCGCGCCCUCGAGCAUCCCGGCCUGACAGUGACCUGCUGGGUGAGGACUCCACCAGUCUUGUCUUGGAAGAUUUUGCUGAGUUGCCGGGGUCUUUUAUGGACUAUGUGAGCGAAGCUUCUGGAAACCUUCUCCGGAGUUCUCCCCACCCUCUCUGCAAAGGACGAGCCCCUCUGGCUCCCACUCAGACCCCAGAACUCUAG